AUGAAAACAAAAACAAACGACUGCUGAAAAUAUUCAGAUAUUUUAUUUUUAAAGCAGUUAAUUAUUAUAACAAUUCGAAUAUUGCAUUUAUCAUUAAGUUUUAUGUAUUUGAAAUCAGUAUAGGUUGUGAAAGAUCUACAUAGCACAUCAUGUCCAUUCACUUAUUGUGUCUCACAUCCGAUGGUGGAGUACCGAUUUUUUCCAAAAAGAAGGGAGAGUGCGAAAAUGUAAGUUUAUCCGGAAAUUACUGCACAGUAGUUAGAUGAUAUUGUAAAUAAAGUAGAAUUAACAAAUAACUUGGACACAAAUAUUAUUUUGUAUCUUGAUGUGAUUUCCUAAACUUAUCAAUAAAACAAAUUGCAAAUAAAUCUGGGAUAUGAAUAUAACAUUUAACGCUGGGUACUACUGGCUAAUAUGAAGUGGUGUUGGCACAGUUUAUUGGAAGCUUUAAUCCGGACGAUGGCUACCAUUCUCUACGAUCGCAUCUUUGAACGGGGUCCACAUGUUUUGCAAAUCGCAGAAUGUGGACCUUUCAAUUACCCAUCUGGAGGAAGGGAUGAUCAUUUGGAAGGAGUACGACAACACUCUGAUGAUGAUUGGAAUUGCAAAGGGUAUCCCGGAGAAGGCGCUUCGCAAUUUGAUGGACUAUUCCUAUUAUGCUAUGGUGUUUUGCGUCGGGAUAUCUGCUAUUAAUAAAAUAAAAAACAUUGAUCGCUUCAAGAGGGAACUAAAAAAUUGCUAUGCCUUGAUUGAUCAACUUUUAGAGGCCAUUGAGAGCGAUUUAUAUCGAUUCAUUGAAGCCGUUCUUUGUUCGGAGAGCUUGGCAAUGCUCGUCAAGCUGAACGAAUUCAGUCUCCAGAUUGGAUCUCCCUUUUGUUCGAUACUGGUACGACAAAAGAUCGCCUGUGGAACAGAAGGAUGGUGGGAUCUGGACAUAGUAGAUCGAAAGUUGCUUACGGUGCUACUGAAUGCUUCCAGCACGAUUCAACAGGAUGUGCCGGUUUUCCUGCCAAAAAAGAGUCCUGGAAUUGCGUAUCGCUUUAUCAGCAUUCCCAUCACGCAAGGAGUUAGCAUUUGUGCUCUUUGCGGUGCGGAACCACCCUACGAUAAGUUGCAAACCAUGAGCCAACAGUUUUGGAUGAACGAGAUCGAUUUACUGAUCACGGCCGAGCAAAAUUACCCCAAGAACUACCCUGCCACAAUAGAGCUGGACUCUAGCAUCCUGGGAUUUUUGCUGCUCAACAAGGAACACUCGAAGUUUGUAAUAUCGAGAAAUGUGCACCUGACCAGCGCCGGAAAGAGAACACUGUCCGGCAACCAUCGGUUGGAUAUUUUACGAACCUUCUACCAUCAAUCGGUGGAAGCGAUGGAUGAUUUGUUUCGCGAGGGUGAAAAGAUUGUUAACCUGGAACAGUACUGGUGUUCGGACUAUCACAAAUGUCAUGCCUUGCUGGAAGGGCCGAACAUUCUCUGUGUGCUAUAUACAUCGGCAAUUCCGACGCCUAUUAUGAGGUUAGUAACACAAAAAACACUGAACACGCUAAUAUCGGAUAAGGAUGUCUGCUGGUAAUUGAUUACUAUUUCAGCCAAGUGUUUACACAUUUUGAGCUUCCUUUUCAAGAGAUUAUUAUUUUAGGUAAGUGUGUCUGUGUAAAUUGGAAUGAU